UAAGCUGCACCCACGUGUCAUGUUUUGUGUUGUGAGAGGUUGGAAAAGUUCUUCGUUUCUCCUGGACUGUCAUUGAUAUACCGUAUUUAUUUAACAGGCAGGUAACCUCCUCUCUGAUAUGUCCGGAGGUAGAAGCCUGUCCUCGGCAGAGGUGGUUCUGGGCUUCCUGGAGGAGGCGGAGCCGUGGCGGCUUCUGUCCCCGCAGUUCCCCAGUAAAGUCGGAGGGAAGCCGGCGUGGCUCAGCCAGACAGGCCUGCCCUCACUGCCCGGGCUGGAGUGUGAGAUAUGCCGCCUACCUAUGGCCUUCCUGCUGCAGGUGUACGCACCAAUUUCUGGCCAGGACAGAAGUUUCCACAGAACGCUCUUCCUGUUCUGCUGUAGAACUCAUGAGUGCUACACAUCCAAUGACAGCCGCUGUAUGAAAGUUUUCAGAAGCCAGCUACCCAGAAGGAAUGAGUUCUACCCCUUCGAGCCGCCUCCAGAGGAUGAACCCCCCAGUGAUUCUGACCCGGAUCAGAGCAUGUUGUCCGUCUCUGGAGUUAAACUAUGCUGGGUGUGCGGUUGCCCCGGCAACAAAGCCUGCUCCCGCUGUCACACUGUUACUUACUGUGGAAAGCACCACCAGACCCUCCACUGGAAACACACACACAAGAGAGAGUGCUGCAACCAAGAAGCGUCCAUUGUCCCAACCUCUUCCUUCCUCUUCCCUGAGUCUGAGCUAGUCACUGAACCUGAGGAGGAGGAGGAGGAGGAAGAGGAUGACACAAAGCAGGCUGAAGGAGAGGAAGGGACUACAGAUGAUUCCUCCUUAGCAGACACCCUGGCAGAGACAGACCUGGAGGAGAUGGCUAUGCACGAGACUGAAGACAACAAAGUGUUCCAGCGGUUUAAAAAGAGGAUCGCACCAGAGCCACACCAGGUGGUGCGUUACAGUCGAGAGGGGUCCCCCUUGUGGGUCUCUUCUCAGCACAUCCCUUCAGAUCAGGAUAUCCCACCGUGCAUCUGUGGCACCAAGAGGACUUUUGAGUUUCAGGUGAUGCCACAGCUGUUAAACAGUCUGUCUGUGGACUCGACAGGAGCCAGUAUUGACUGGGGGACACUGGCUGUCUACACCUGCUCUGCCAGCUGUGACCACAAUGACCAGUACCGCCCUGAGUUCAUCUGGAAACAGGACUUCAGCCCAGAUCAACACACACAAAUAAAACCUACAUAAUGCCUGUCACUCUGAUGCAUGUAAAGGCUUGGACUUGGAGGUAGCAAACUGGUUUUCACUCUGGCUGGAGUGAUGUCACUCAGAUUUAGUGGACUGGACAUGUGCCGCGGCUCUUGUAACCCAUUAUGUUACUUACAAGAGCAGUUAGUUUACUUUCAGAGUAUUGAGGACAGUGAAGAUGUUUUUGGAGGGCAGAUAUUCAUCAUCAGGAUCAAAUGAUUCUCAGCUAGAGAUUGUUUCUCUGGUUGCUUGAUGCUUCCAAUCCUUUUGUUAUAAUUUUAAGUCUAUCUGUUAAGCUUUGAUGGUAUUUGCGACCUAUGUGUUAGUAAUCGGCAUGUAGCACAUUUUUCAGUGCUAUAUGCUGAUUAUACAGAAAAUCUUUCAGAGCGAAACUUCAACAAAACCUAUAAAAUAUGACCCUGUGCCUCAUCACACAAUAAAGUUUUUACUAAA